AGCAGCAGUUCGACUGCACACUGUACUGCAUGUUUGAUGCCAAGUCGCGCUAUUAAGCCAGUAGCCGAUAUAGUGCAAAUACGCACAGGCUUGCCGGCCAUUAAACCAAUUAUAGCCAGCCAGCCACACGUAGUGCAGCAAGGAGUCCAGACAAGACGUACCAACUCUCGCGACGAGAUAAAUAGAUGACAGCGAUGAAUGCGGAUGAGACAAAGCAGGCUGGAAUGCCUCAAGGAGCUGAGGAGAAGCAGGAGCCGGAGAAGGAGCCGGAGAAGGAGAAUGAGAAGGAGGACAAGCAGGCGAGCGAUAGAGCAGCGUCUGCAGAGGGGCAGUGUGAUCCAGAGACCAGAAUAGUGGCUCCUCCGCCCAGGCAGCGGACUCUGACAAGGACGGCCGAGCUGGACGCGGACUGCGAGGACAUCGAGCUGGAAGCCGACGAUGCCGUGGACGAUGCGGCGGAUAGCAUCACCUUGGAGUUGGCCCUAUCGCCGCACAGCAGCACCACGCCCACGCCCUCGCCCACCACCGCCGACGAGGACUUCGCCCAGCUGGACAACAGCAAGCCCUUCAAGAUCAAGGACAUCACGAGGAACAUCCGCAAGGCUGUUGUGGCCACAACGCUGUCGGAGUUGCGAGCGAAGGUGUCGCUGAAAUUCGAGCGGUCUGAGCCGGCGAUACACCUGGAUUGCGAUGGCACCGAGGUCGACGAUGAGGAGUACUUCAGCACUCUGGAGCCAAAUGCCGAAUUGAUUGCCGUCUUUCCCGGCGAGCAGUGGCGCGACCCCAGCGACUACAAUGCCAAUCUGCGUCGCACAUCGCUGGAUGCACAGCGUCUGCGGAAGCUGGUGAGCAAACUGCAGCCGAACUAUAUGAACGAUGAUGACUUGGACAAGCUGUCGAACAUGGAUCCCAACUCCCUGAUGGAUAUCACGGGUCGGGAGCCCAAGGACAACGAGUACUCAGCCAGGAGCGAUGCCGCCCGGCUGUCUACGGAAUUGUCUUGCUAAGGGGAAUCAACGCGUUCCCUCAACGAAUUAAUGUAGCUUAGGAAACGUGUGAAUUGGGAUGUAUAUAGGGAAUUUGUACGAGUUUAUAUGGCUAGACGGAGUAUUUUUGGAAAAGUUUUGAUGACGGCACUUGAUGCGACCGGUAUUUGGAUGGUUGUACGCUGGGGUUUUAACUCGCUAACCGUAGAUCUGAAAGUUGUGUAUUUUUCGAGCCCACAUUGUCGUAGAGCAACUCACCCCGAAUGUCUAUCAUUCAGCCAGCCGCUAAUUGUUCCUAGACCAAUAUCCGUGUUUGAGCCACAACGUGGAGUGCCUUAAAGGCCGAUCUCCACUCUUGGAUUACCUUGUCCUCACCUCACCUCACUCAGCGGACGAUUGACGAUCUGCAGAGUAGAUUUUAUCUAGGCGAAUAGAUAUAAAACAUAGUACUACGAGUAUAUAUUUUCCAUAGCAGAAUCCUUGUGAAUGUCACACGAAUACCAAUACCAAUACCAAUACCAAUAUUAGGGAGCAACUAGAACUUGAUGUUACUGAAUCUCAAUUAAAUGAAUUACUCGUACCUAGAAUUAAACGAAUUCACCCUAGGUGCACAAAAGGGUUUUUGCCUGUUUUUUGUAUUUAUGCUGCAUCAUU